AUGAGGAAUCUGAUAUUUGUUGCUGUCUUGUCAACUACUGUCUCUUCUUUGAGUUUCUGGGAGAAGGCACAAGGAUAUAUCUCUGGAGGCGCAUCAGCAAAUGCUUCAGCCAAUGUCGGUGGAUCUGGAUCUGUAUCCGGUUCAAACUUUCUUUCAGGACUCCAGAAUUCUUCAUUCGGACAAGCAGUUAUGGGAGGAAUUGAUAUGUAUAAUCAAGCUAAAAAUGGAAGUGGAUCGAACUCAUGGCAAACUGCUCUUGGUAACUCAUCUUUCGGAAAUUUCUACCAACAAGGAGUUGAUUUCUUCUCACAAGGUGGAAAUGGAAAUGGAAGUUUCAUUGAUGCCGCAGUUAUUCAACAAACUUUUGGAAACUCUUCAUUCGGAGAAGUUGUUCAGUCUGGAAUUGAAUUCUAUAAUAAUUUGAAGAAUGGGAACUCUCCAUUCGCUGGAGAUGCCUCUUCUAUUAUCGGAAACUUCGUUCCAUUCCUUGCUAACGCCUCAACUGAAGCCAAAACAGAAUUCUAUGCACUUCUUCCGAAUAUCGGAAAUAUGACUAUUGCUGAGAUGGAAACUGCUAUAGAUGCAUGGGCAGCAAAGUAUGGAUUGACGGAAGAAGUUCAAGCAUUCAACCGAAGAUCCGAAAACGCGACGGCAGUUGCUGAAGAGCAUGCUAACUCCCUCAUCAUGAACCUUCCAAAUGUUGUGAAUAAUUUGAAGGCAAUCAACGAUGAUAAGAACCAAACACUCAUUGAGAAGCACACUAGAUUGAUGAAUUAUGUGAAUUCAUUGGAUGAAGAUACAAAAGAUAUUGUCUUCGUCUUGUUCAAAUCUUUCCUUCCUCCACAAUUCACAAAGCCAAAAUGUAUUGGUAGUGGUGGUGGCUUCGGGGAAAUCUACCAACAGGCGUUGGAAUUCUUCUCAGGAAACGGAAGUUCUUUGGGAAUGGGAUCUGGAUCUGGAUCUGGAAGUGGAAAGGUCGGAGGAGGAGGAGGGAUGUUCGGAAACAUAGGACAAUUCUUCUCAUCUUUCAAUGGAAAUGGAAAUGGAAAUAAUGGAUCUGGAAACGGAAAACCACAUCCAAUGAUUGGAGUCCUCAGUAACUUUAUGAAUAAGAACAAUAUCAGUGAAUCAGAAGCUAGUGCCGUUAUGAGUGGAGCUCAACAUGACGGCGGAUUCGCUUCAAUUCAAAUUCUUCCAGCCGUCGAAUUGAAUGUUGGUGGUGCUUCCCUUGCCAGUGAUGCUCAAAUCGGUUUGGCUGUGAUUGAUGAGACCCACACCACGAAAAAGAACAAGAAACAACAACAACAGGCAAACAAGAACAAGAAGAAGACAACGACGGUCGCUCCACUCGCCGCCGAUGCCAACGUCGCUUUGGAAGUACAUGCCCAAGUCCUUUAG